AUGGACGAAGCAGCUCAAGCCGCACAACAAGCCCAUACCUACAACACAGCAGACUUGUACAACCACCAUGACAUCUACAAGGCAAAGCAAGAAGAAGCCAAAGAUCGUGAGAACCAUGUCCAAAGAAGCAUCCUCGGGCGUUCUCUGCGUCGUUUGCAACACCAUCAAGGCACUGCCGUGCGUCUACUGCAAGAACGCACCUUCUCCCUCCGGAGACCCCGUCCCUUUAGUUUACUUACUGCAGCAACACAUGUGCAGCUUCCGAUUGGGCGAACCAUGAAGCAUACUGUCUAG